AAGGAGCAACGCACUGAAGGCAAAGCGGCGGCGGCGGCGUCCUCCAGCUUCCAGCAUCAUCAUCACCACCAUCACUUGUCUUCAGGAAAAACGCCAACGAAACCGGAUUUUAUUGUCACGGGCCUGCUUUACUUCUUACGUCAGUAUGUCUGACAAGAGCGAGCUGAAGGCUGAGCUGGAGAGGAAGAAACAGCGGAUCGCCCAGAUUAGAGAAGAAAAGAAGAGAAAAGAAGAGGAGAAGAAGAAGAAAGAUGGGGACUCAAAGCGUGGUGUGGAAGCAGGCUCUGCUGUGGGCCAUGAAGACUCUGACCUGGAGAGGAAGCGGAAGGAGGCAGAGGCUCUGCUGCAGAGUGUUGGCAUCACCCCGGACAUAACACACGCUCAGCCCCUGAGGGUAGUAACAGAGGAUACCUGUCUGUUUCACUACCUAGUCCCCGCCCCCAUGUCUCCCUCCAACAAAUCAGUGGGCAGCGACGCAGGAAGCCAGGAUUCUGGGGACGGAAACGCAGGACCAAGGACAUUGCACUGGGAUCCUGACCCCUCUACUCUGCAACUCCACUCCGACUCUGAGCUGAUGGGGCGUGGGACAGUGAGGCUCACCAUGUCCAAAGUGACUCAAGUGGACAUUGUCCCUAAAGAAAUGGUGUCGUAUUCGAAAGAAACCCAGACCCCCACUGAAGCUCAUACAGAUCGAAAAGCUGAUGAGGAUGAGGAUGAUGAGAUAACUGCGCCCCCACCGACAGAGGACACGCAGGAAGACAAAGAAGACCAGGGGCACCAGCAGGAGGAGGACAUUCCCAAAGAGCUGACUGAGGAAGAGAAGCUGCAGCUCCUGCACUCUGAGGACUUCCUAACUUUUUUCGAGCGAGGCAGCAGGAUUGUAGAGCGAGCGCUGGCCGAGCAGGUGGACGUCUGCUUUGACUACAGCGGGCGAGAUCUCGAGGACAAGGACGGGGACCUGCAGGCAGGUGCCAAGCUGGUUCUGAACAGACAGUUUGCUGAUGAACGCUGGACCAAAAACAGAGUGGUCACCUGUCUGGACUGGUCUCCUCAGUACCCAGAACUGCUUGUGGCCUCCUACAACAACAACGAAGAUUCUCCUCAUGAGCCUGAUGGCGUGGCGCUGGUCUGGAACAUGAAAUACAAGAAAGGCACGCCAGAGUACAUCUUCCACUGCCAGUCGGAAGUGAUGUCAGCCGGCUUCGCAAAGUUUCACCCCAAUCUGGUGGUGGGCGGGACCUACUCGGGACAGAUUGUCUUAUGGGACAACCGCAGCAACAAGCGCACACCUGUCCAGAGGACCCCACUGUCUGCAGCUGCACACACUCACCCAGUCUACUGUGUGAACGUGGUGGGCACCCAGAACGCCAACAACCUGAUCAGUAUCUCCACAGACGGCAAGAUGUGCUCGUGGAGCCUGGACAUGUUGUCCCAGCCGCAGGACAGUCUAGAGCUGGUGUUCAAGCAGAGCAAGGCAGUGGCUGUCACCUCCAUGGGCUUCCCCCUGGGUGAUGUGAACAACUUUGUUGUGGGGAGCGAGGACGGGUCUGUGUAUACCGCCUGCCGCCAUGGAAGUAAGGCGGGCAUCACUGAAGUGUUUGAGGGCCACCACGGUCCAGUGACAGGCCUGAGCUGUCAUACCGCUGCAGGACCUGUGGACUUCUCCCAUCUCUUCAUCUCUUCUUCUUUCGACUGGACCGUCAAACUCUGGAGCACCAAGAGCACCCGCCCGCUUUACUCGUUUGAGGAUAGCUGCGACUACGUCUACGAUGCCAUGUGGUCUCCUACACACCCUGCUCUGUUUGCUUGCGUGGACCUCGCUGGACGUUUGGACCUGUGGAACCUCAACAAUGACACUGAGGUUCCCACUGCCAGUGUGUAUGUGGAGGGGGCUCCAGCGCUGAACCGUGUGCGAUGGGCUCACUCUGGAAAAGAGAUCGCCACCGGAGAUUCUGAGGGCCAUGUGCAGGUGUAUGAUGUGGGGGAGCAAAUCUGCGUCCCCAAGGCGGACGAGUGGACGCGCUUCGUCAGGACUCUAGCUGACAUCAACGAAAACAGAGACGAAGCUGAGGAGCUCGCCAAUGUUUGAUAAUACAAAGGCCCUCCUUCUGAAUUCUUCCCCAGUACCCUACAUCCCCACUAAUCUCCGCUGGGAUGGGUGGGGGAACUCCGCUGUCCAGCUCCUCCUUCCCACCUACUAGAUCAUGACUUGGCCUGGAGAUACAUACAGUGCUAGAAUAGACCACCGUUGAUGUUUUUCCCUGUAUUUAGUGCAUUUUCGUACUAGAACAAAAAUCUAAACAGUGACAUUUCCAUCUGCAAUUUGGCUGUCAAAUUGGAACCUUUAACAUACCAGGACUCCACUGAUUGCUACUCAAAGGCCUCAAACAAUAUGCAAACCUUUGUACUUGCACCUUUAUACUAAUAAGUUAGUGGGUUUUUUUACAUUUCAAAGUUUUCCCAAAACCCUUUCGCACAUGGCUGGAAAAAUGUAGGAAAAUAGUCCUCAUCAGCACAACUUGGACACAGUUCCACCCUGGCCUGUGUAUAAAGAAUGUUGCAUUUUAACCACUGCAAUAUUUAAUAUUUAUUCUGGUGGUCACACUUAUUUAAAUUAUGUUUAUUAAAAACUGUUGCUUUGUACUAAAAGUAGCUCACUCAAAAAAUGGCUCCUUAGGCUUUCUGUCUGUAAAAGCCUUCACUUAUAGCUAUUCAGUGCUCUUGAAUUGUGAUGAGGAAGGUGUAAUCUGGAGGUUACAAGGGCUUUUUUACAGAUGUACUUUUACCGACCAAGGUUUUCCGUCCGUGCAACAUGACGAUCCUCCAGGCUGCUAAAGAUUUAAACACAAAAUUGCGUUUCUCAAUGUCAAGGACCGUACUUUGAAAUGUUUUUCUUUUUAAAAAAAUGAAACAUUGUCA